UAAGUAUCCCAUCCUUGCAGCUCCACAUACUGAACCAUCCUGGUCUUGUUCCCCACAGAAUGGGUCUACUCCGACUCCUGGUGCUCUGCACCUUGGCCGUGAGCUGCACCACUACAUCUGUGCCCCUGAAAGUCCCCAGCCACUUGCCUUUCCUCCUUCGUGGCUGCAAUGAUGCAGAUAUGCUGGCUAUGGCGGCAUCUGUUCUGCAGGACAUCAAUAACGACCUAAAGGAAGGCUAUGUGCUGAGCCUCAACCGAGUGAGCGCUGUCCAAGAACACAGACAGGAUGGUCUGGGAUCUCUGUUCUAUUUCACACUGGACGUACUGGAUACUACCUGCCAUGUGCUCAGCAAGAAGCUGUGGUGGGACUGUGAGGAGAGGCCCCUGCAUGAACAGGUUUAUGGCAAAUGCAAAGCAUUAUAUUAUGUGAACAGGCCACUAAGAAUUCUUUAUUUACCUGCUUAUAACUGCACUCUUCGCCCAGUUUCUCGAAGAAAGAUUCAGAGAAUGUGUCCUGACUGCCCAUCCCCCACUAACUUGUCAGAUCCCAAAGUUCUGGAAACUGCCACAGAGACACUUGCAAGUUUCAACAAGGACAGUGAAUCAGGGCAAUAUUCUCUUGUCAAAGUCACCAAAGCUUCUAACCAGUGGAUGUAUGGCUUCUCCUACUUUGCGGAAUAUUUAAUCAAAGAGUCACCAUGUAUCAAAACUGAAGCCAGCAGUUGUGGAUAUCAGCCCACUCGCUAUGGGGUGAGUAUUCCUGAAUGUCUUCAUAAUUUAAGAUUUGUGUUCCCAGAUCAUCUAUAA